UUAAUUUUUAAUUUGAGAAUAGUUUAAAUUUAGUCUACCCUGUUUACAAAAGUGACCAGUGCGCUAUAUUUAGCUUUCAACCCUCAUGCGAUGUUCGUCAUCCACUAAGAAAACUAUAUAAGCGCUACUUACGAGCAGUUCGAGCAGUUCACUGUCAAACAACGUGGUGUGAUCAUUCAAGUCGAUGGGUGGUAGCACGAUGGUGUUCACUCUGGACGUCUUCCGCGGAGCGAGUACGGGGCCCGGACCCCGCUCUCGGUAGUCUCGCAUUAGACACCCCAGUAACAGCCCCACCUUCGUGCGAUUCUUCUCCUUCGUGCUCAAAACCUUUGAAGAUUUUCAAAGUUUGUGGGAUCUGAAAGCCUAACUCCAAACGACCACCACGUCAGCUUCUAUUCGGACAUACACCUUCACAAAUCCAGUCGAGAUUCACAAUAAUUUCCUACGAGCCGGUGUUACUGAGGUGUCGGUGUUUGGUCGAUGCGGAAAGAGGGAAGAAAAAUUACUCGAAUGGCAAUGGAGUUAUUGGUGGAGGUUUACUGCUGUGGCAAGGACAAGAAAAGACAAAAAAAAUCAACGAAAAAGAUCCUGGAGCUGAUUAGGAGUCUGCCCGACCGCACAAAGCUUGAGGAGGCGUUCAAUCUUCCAAUGUCUUCCUCGGAAGCGUCAUCAUCAGUCCAGAAUGCAUCGAGAUUCACAAGACACCCACGUAAUUACCUGCGGAAUGAGGACUUCGAGAGUGAUGGGGAUACCACGGCUCCCACCAUUCAAGAUGAGGUAGUAGUAAUCAAAAACGCUCUGCCUUACCCCUCCCCGAAAACAUUUGCAUGCUUUGAUUCCUCCGAUGAUUAUUGUGAUAUGAGUGCGCAAAAUGAAGAAUUCGACAAAAUGACGCAAAAUAUCGAAGAGCGGAUUAAAGCUUUCCGCUUUGAACCUGACUAUCCCUCCGCACGCGUUGCCAGAUUGAACGAAUUGGAAAAGAUUAAAAACAAGGCAAGACCUAGCACUGUUGCCGACAGAUCCAGCAGAAACAAGUCCAUGGCAUGCUAUAGAACUUUCAUAAAAGAAAUAGAUCGCAGGGGCAUUAGGUUAAGAAACCCACCAAAGAAUAAACCCUCCACUUCAAGGACAGAUUCAACUUCGCAUGCACCCAGAUCAUCCACCUCACAAAUGCAGUCACAAUCCUAUUCCUCACGCCUCCAUUCCGAAGCAAUUUCGCUACCUUCAACUCACCAUCAUCAUCAGUCACCUUCUGAAUCGUUUCAGGAUAGUAAAGUCGCAAGCCAACGGAGUGACAGGGACAGCACCUUCGCCAGUGAAAUACCCUCGGAUGAUUGUUCAAAAACAGAGAUUGGAGAACUGAGAGUAAUCGCAGAUCUGAAGUUUAAAGGUAUGGUCGAACGGAGUUUGAAUGCUUUGAAGGAGUGCAGGUCCAUUUUCGAAUGUGGGAUUGAACCUGCUGAUGGACGGGAGGAUUUCGAACGCAGAAAGAAACGAACCGUUGCAUUCAUUUCCAGAUUCUCCAGACAUUUUCUUUACCAAUUGAUACGGAUUAAAAUUGAAAUUGAAAACAUUGUGAAUCCACUGGGGAACGCAUACAAGGCAACCAACUCUGUCAUUCUGGGCCAGAAAUUUUACAAUGCUUACAACACCAUUUACCAAGCAUUGACUGCUUACAGAAAACACCUUCCAACUGGCGCAUUGAAUGGAAUGCCCCCAAAGUUUCGAGAAUUAUUGGACCUUAUUAUCAAGUUGAACGAAAUGUAUAAUAGCGUAUGUGAUAAACCCUGUGUAGGAGAAACUAUGAUCGAUGUAAGUGUUUGCAAAGUGUUUAUAGAAAAAGUUAAAGAUUUUUUCGUUAGUUGCUAUCUGAGGUCUGUCACAACAUGCUCAAUGAUUCCCUGUUGCUCAACGCGCAUGGCUCCAACAAUUCCGCAACAUUCCAGACGUCGUACGGUUACCACUGGAAGCAACACAUCAGAACAACAAAUCCAGAAGCGUUUAUCCAUGUAUAGCUCUUCCAGAGAUGGCUCUUCAAAGAAUGUACCUCCACAGAAGUAUCAAGUGGCUUCAAAAUACAGAACAGCUACUUUCAAGCAUCGCCCACCACCACAACCUGUAUCAACACCUGAGGAAGCUCCAUCAAAGCUCCUCCGUAGAAGGAGGAUACCACAAGUGGAGCCGCUUGAUUUGAAUAAAUCUCCAAGGGAAGCGGGACCUACCAGUAGAAGACGUUCUCAACCAUUGGGAGUGAUGGAUAUCGACAGUGAUGUAUCCACAUUUGUCGAGGACACUGCCUUUGACCAAGGUUACAACUUAGUUGAUCCGAAAUAUGGCGAUACAGAGAGUAUGCAGAGAUACGCUCAGGAAUUCUUCAAUCGCGUCACCAAAGGAACUCAGCCAAUGUCUACUGAGGAAUAUGGUUGUAUACUAGAUCAUUUCCUGGAGAUUGUUGGUGAAGAGAAGUUAGCAAAUGAUGUAUCAAAACCGCGGAAAACUCAACAAUUGCUGGAAAUCAAGUUUCAGCAACCGAUUGCAAACAUGAGCUUUGAAGGCUUCGUCAACAGUCUGAUCCACCAUGCAAAUUCACAAACGCGCUUACUACAAAGAACUCCAACUCCGUACAGUAGCCCGAAGAAGUCCUUCAAGAGCCGGACGAUUUCUGUGACUGGCCCUGACAAUGCAAAGUUGUUCUGCGUGAAAGAGGCGCAGUCGGAUGAAGGAUGCAGUGAUGUUAUGGCACAGAUACAAAUGAUGGAUCCAAAUAAUCAACUUCUGCGGAAGCUGAGCAGUUUGAGUAUUACCCAAUGCACGGAUUCCAAUGAGUUGAUUUAUAAAGAGAAAGAGCAUUUGGUUGAGGGGAAAUCACCGUUGAAACAGCUGAAACUCAAGAAAGUUCCGGUGAGACAACCGCACUUCACCGAGAAAAUGAAUGGGAAAGAUCUUCCUUUACUGUCAAUCCUGCCAAAAGAACAAAUUUUGAAAUUGAUUGAAUAUAAACUGCAAUUUCAUACCGAUGCUAAAGCGAGUUUCCUUUAUCAAAGGAGUCCUGACUUUUGUGCAUGGUUAAUCAUCUCACGAAUUGCUGAUACCUUGUUAGAAGAAACUGUGCAAGCUGUAGCGCGUGAUAUCCAAGUGGAUAAGCUCCUGGAGAAAAUCUACCUUCAAGAAUUCCAAUGACAAUGCGCCAGCAUCCAAGCACAUCCGAAAUUUGUCAUGUUACAUACAUUCGGCCAAAGAAACUGUCAAUAAUUUUCUUAAACUAUUUAAAAUUGCAUUCCACAGUGUCUUUUGGCAACAUUUAUUGAAAAUAAGUAUUUAUUGGUAGGAAUCAUACUUUAUUCCUUGUAACUUGGGUUGCAUACAGUCAAUGUUCAAAGAGACAAAAUUCUAAACUUAUCUUGAACUUUAUCUCUUCUCCUUUUUAUACUCGCCACAAAUGUUACUACGAAAUAAAAAUAAAGUCAAUAUUUAACUCUU